AUGGAGCAAUCACCGUUAACACAACAAUCACGCCCUGAGACUUUUGAACCAAAGGUCGCACAACUAUAUCGUCAAUUGUUUAAAGAUCGUAAUGAAGAUGAGAAGCCAGAAGGCUUUUGGCGAGAGUUCUUUCUCCUAAAGCCAGAUAACGCACGACUUGGACAAUUACUGGAUGAUCUCGAAGCCAUUGAUCUACUGCACGCUUCGCAUCAUUGUGAACAAUUUGUCUCGCAUGCCAUCAUGUAUGCUAAAUCGGGAACAUCACCUUCAGAUGAGAAUGCUCUUGAUAAUCUGACAGUGUUUCUCUCAAAAGUGUUCUCGAAGAGGUACACAAAUCCCAGCUCAGAUAUCAUUGAAGUGCUAGCCGGACUUGAUCAUGUCGAUACUGUUUUCAACGACCUUGUGACAGUACUGGACACAACAAUAAGUUCUGGAAAGACAGUUCGCAUACAGAAGAAAGCCGUCCAAGUAGCUCUUUGCGUGGCCUCCGGAGCCUUCCACACUGGAUUACUGACAUACUUUACGCAACGUGACUUUUUCCCUUCUCUGAUGAGAUAUAUUCGUGACCUAGAAGAUCCCCUGGACGCGGUACAACCACUUCUCUUAGCAGGACUCCUGGCGAACUACAAUAAGUUUGAGACUUAUAAUCCGUACCAUGCGCGAUUUGCAGAUUUUGUCAACCACGAAACGAUCGUUCAAAUCUGCAAAUCGAUCGAAAGCACCUGUACCUUCUUGCGAGAUCAGUAUGUCGCAAUUCAGGAUGAUGUCCCUGAAGCUUGGAGCAUUGGAGGCACCUUGAGUUACAUUGGUCUGGGAGCUCUUGCUGGUGCAAAGCCUGUAGUACCCGCACCAACCGAGGACGAGAUGAAGGCGAAAUUUGCUGAACAACCACAACCACAAGCAGGAACGCUGCUUACAAUAUAUGAUUUUGUCGUUGCCAACAAAGCAUUCAGCGCAGACUUUGUCCGCACAAACACCGUGGACAAAACACAAAACUCACCCAUAGCUCAAUAUCUCUCCUUCUGCUCAUACCUAUAUCAACACGCCUACCGAUCACAACGGGCUACGCAAUAUGCACACCUCACCUUGUUCACAAUCCAAAACCUUGUCGAAGAUCUCGACAUCGUCAGGAAGUUGUGCGAGACGACUGUAUCAGUACGGCUGAGCCGUCAACGACCACCUCAACUACCUCUGGUCACUACAGACCGUUCACUUGCUGCAAACGUGAUUGAUAUCAUGAUUGAUAGCAUCAACCACAAUCUAAGGAAGAAGUUAGAUGUAGAGCUGUACAUGCUCAACGUCGGCAUCCUCCUGCGUCUCAUCACAUUUCUCGGUAAGGCGAGGAUACGUCUCACAUAUCACUGGCCAGAGCUCUGGCGCUCACUCCUGUCUUUUGUCCGUUUCCUCACUGUAUACGCCGAUGACCUGCGGUCUCUCUACCGCAUAGACGUUGUGAUCCACACCUUGGUCAACCUCCUCUCACUCUCCCUAACCAACGGUGAAACCUUCCUCCCCGACACAGCCAGCUACGACGACAUUUCUUACAAGCUCGUUGAGUUCGGUCCUUCACUGCUCUCCUUCCGCGACGCCUAUGCUUUACAACAAGGCGAAACGGCAGCUGCGAUGAACAUCUUGGUGCAUGUGUCAAAGCACUACAGUGACUUGAUUGCUGGUCAAAAGGGCAAAACCAAGAACUUGAGUCCUAGGGAAGUGCAGAAGAUUAUCAAGGAUGGGUAUGAGACGUUGAGUAUUGAGGCCAAGGAAGGACUAGAUCAUUGGGAUAUGUAUAGAGAGGCGGAGCAUAAAGCGCAAUUGAAGAGGAUAGCCAGGACGGCUUGUGCCGAUGCAAGGGCGUUGAUAGGAUAG